AUGAUACGAAAACUCAAGUCGCUUGCUCAUAUUCCGAUAACCAAGAAAGACGGCUUGGAACUUAAAGAUAUCGAGACAGGUGAGGAAGAGCUCACGGACAAAACCACUUCGGCUCAGGCAGUCAAUAUUGUGGUAGCUGGGGGUACAUGCUCCGUUAUGUACUUCGGGAACCGCGAUAAAACCAAGGACAUUGACUUUUUCAUUCCUGAUCCUGAACUCAUGGGAAUAAUUGCGGGUGCUCAAGCAACUCUCCCUCCUGACUUAAGGCAACGAUGGCCUGUAAAUUGGAUAAACGCAGAAAUGGCAGGCUUUGCCAUGAUGCCAGGUUGUGAAGACCUUUACAAGAAUUCCGUUGCAAACAACGUCGUCUUAUACCAGUCGGAUACCCUUGUAGCUUACGCAGCAGAUUGGAAAUUUCAGUUAAUCGGCAAGAUUACGCGCGCUUAUCAGAUGGAACAGCUGAAUGAACACGUACAGAGUAAAGACAGGGAAAGGAAAGACAUCAAUGAUGCUAUCUCACUCCUGCAGAUAUUAAUCACAGAGAACAAUGCCCCACUGGAUAGGAAUGUUAUCCGCUCAUGGUACAAUGGGAGUGCGCUCGACAACGUAGAGAUUGAGUUUGUCAAUAAGGAAUAUCGCGCUCGAUUUAGCGUCGACGCUAUUAUAUAA